GCUCGAACAACCACAGCUCGAACAGCCACAUCUCUAACAACCAAAGCAGUGAUAGUGCUCAAGUCUCUGGUUACGCGACUCCAAACACAGAUCCCCUACUCCAUACUAUAUAUGCCGAGGAUUCGGAUUACUACAGAAGUUUUCUCGAACAACUUCUGGAUUUGGUUUGCAAUGAGGAUCAAGAGACGGUAGCUCGAUUAGUCACUAUCAUCCGUUCUGGUGCCUCUCAACGAGAGAUCCUCGCGGCGGUUUCUCAAAUGCAGAAUGGAAACAACCACUUCAGGGAUAAUGGUUUCACAGGAUCCUAAUAGUCAAAACAAGCAUGGUGAAAGCUCUUACAUUGCAAUGACUCUACACCUUGCUCGUCUCUGCUAUCAUCAUCUUGUGACGUCGUUGUCUCGGCUGUUUGGAUUGAAAGACUGCCUUGGAUGAAUACAUAGUGAUAAGAUGCUGAAGUCAACCUCCGGAUAGCGUCAUGCACAUGGCCCUGAGGUGGAUAUGCCGCUUAGUUGACUUGCCUGCUUCUUCACUCCCUAGUCCCGUAUUAGGUGUCCAGUUGGAAGUGGAGAAUGUCCCAAAUACUUUCCCAUUUCCUGGUUCAGCUGACCGUUUACCAUGUUUAAUUGGUAUUUUCCACAUUGCUAUGCAGAUCCUUUCACCAUGUAUAGUAAUCAGCCCGGCGUCGCUUCAUUUCAUUGAAUUUAUAUGCCUGGACACGGAUGGCUCAAUCAUCGCUGCUCCCUGCCAUGACUGGCCAUCUCGUGGGUGCAUGAUGCAGGCAUCGGUGAGUAUACUAAGUGUACGUAGCCGCAGCAUGUCAGCUACGAGAGAUUUUAAUCCCACUCAGAUCAUGGUGUAUAUGUGUUGCCGAGUACCAUAUCCAGGUCGGAUAAUGAGAGAUUUCCUGCUAAGUCAGGAAGAAAUCCUCCAUAGGCCAUACAGAACUAAUCAGGCUGAUUGUGUCUUUGUUUUUGAAGGUUCCUUGGAAUUUUGCUUCGGCACGAAGCUCCGAAUCUCAUUUGGCCCAUUGUUCAAAAAUAGGGUGGCGAGUUGGACGACUGGCCAUAUAAACGCAUGUUCAAAUGAUUGCUGGUGUUAUUAUGAUAUCACCUUGUUAUUAAACGUAAGAGGAGGGUCGAUGUAUUUGCAGCAGCAACCUUAAGUGGCUAGAAUGAUG